UCAGCGCCCGAGCCGCCCCCUGGGUCGCGCGGCGCCCGCACCCUGCAGGGACGGCUGCAGGGUCGCUGGGACACGCUCAGGCGGGAAGUCACAGAAAGUUAUUUCCCUCGCCAAGCAGCUAGGUUCCGAGCGGCAAGAUGGUGCCCAACUUGCCCCGCGCGCUCUUCCUGCUGCUGCUGCCGCUGCUCGCCUGCCCCGCGUCGCGGGCUUCCCAGAACUGUCUGAACAAGCCGCAGCUCCUCACGGCCAUCCGCCAGUUGCAGCAGCUGCUGAAGGGCCAGGAGACGCGCUUUGCCGAGGGCAUCCGCAGCAUGAAGAGCCGGCUGGCCGCGCUGCACAGCUCUGUGAGCAAGGUGGCCCCGGACGCGCCCCCAGUUUCCUGCCCAGCUCUGAAUGCCCCUUCGGAUGGCAGGAAGUUUGGAAGCAAGUACUUAGUGGAUCACGAAGUCCAUUUUGCCUGCAACCCUGGGUUCCGGCUGGUUGGGCCCAGCAGCGUGGUGUGUCUUCCGAACGGCACCUGGACGGGGGAGCAGCCCCACUGCAAAGAUGUCAGUGACUGCGCCAGCCAGCCCUGCCAAAACGGUGGAACGUGUGUAGAAGGAGCCAACCAGUACAGAUGCGUUUGUCCUCCGGGAAGGACGGGGAGCCGGUGUCAGCACCAGACCCAGACCGCAGCCCCCGAGGGCACCGCGGCCGGCGACUCCGCCUUCAGCCGCGCGCCGCGCUGUGCGCAGGUGGAGCGGGCACAGCACUGCAGCUGCGAGGCCGGAUUCCAUCUGAGCGGCGCCGCGGGCGGCGACGGCGUCUGCCAGGAUGUGAAUGAGUGUGAGCUCUACGGGCAAGAGGCGCGUCCCCGGCUCUGCAUGCACGCCUGUGUGAACACCCCAGGCUCCUACCGUUGCACCUGCCCCAGUGGGUACCGGAUCCUGGCUGAUGGGAAGAGCUGUGAGGAUGUCGAUGAGUGUGCUGGCCCGCAGUCCAUGUGCCCCCAGGGGACCACGUGCAUCAACACAGGUGGAGGCUUCCAGUGCGUCAGCCCCGAAUGCCCCGAGGGCAGCGGCAACGUGAGCUACGUGAAGACGUCUCCAUUCCAGUGUGAGCGAAACCCCUGCCCUAUGGACAGCAGACCCUGCCGCCACAUGCCCAAGACCAUCUCCUUCCACUACCUCUCUCUGCCCUCCAACCUGAGGACGCCCAUCACGCUCUUCCGCAUGGCCACGGCCUCAGCCCCUGGCCGCCCUGGGCCCAACAGCCUGCGGUUUGGGAUCGGGGGCGGGAACAGCCGCGGCCACUUCGUGAUGCAGCGCUCCGACCGGCAGACUGGGGAGCUGAUCCUCGUCCAGACCCUGGAGGGGCCACAGACGCUGGAGGUGGACGUUGACAUGUCAGAGUAUCAGGACCGCUCCUUCCAGGCCAACCACGUGUCCAAGGUCACCAUCUUUGUGUCCCCCUAUGACUUCUAAGGUACCCUGGGAGCACCCAGCCUGGAGAUCUGGGCUGAUGGCUCAUCCCCAAAGACUCCGCUGUGGGUGUUGUCACAGAGCUCUGUCCCUCACACUAGCCUACUUGCCUGUUCACCCAGGAUUCUAGGGCAGCACUGCCCCACGGUGUGGCAUAGGAGGGCAGACCCAGUACCCAAACUGCUGCCAUCAUGGUUUUUGGUCCUGCGUUAAGGCCCUUCUCCCCUUAGAUUAUGCACUAACUUCUUCAAACCUUCCUUAUUUUUCAGGGCACAGGCAGCUUUCCAAAAUAGCGUGUGCGUGGCGCCACGAGUUUGAACUCUAAGGGGGAGGGAAAAGCCAAUGGUGUGUCUGAGAUGAUUGUCAGCCCUUCUGCAUUGUGACAGCCAAGCCUCGUGAGGAAUCACGUGGUUCCAGCAAUGCUGGGGGGUCCAUCCGUGCCCCCGUACACAUGCUAGGGGGUGGAGCCUCCUCCCAAGACCCAUCGUGUGGUUCUUGUCUGCAUCCCCUUGACAUACCCGCUGGGCGUCUCAUUGGAGGUCCAUGAAGGGGCCUGUGACCCCCACCCAGGGAAGCCACAGGAAGGCGCAGAGUCUGCCUGAAUUCCUUCCCUUUUGAGAAAUCCCAUCUCAAAACAAACCUACGAUUAUAACCAUAGAACGGACACUUGUUGCUCCAUCCACGCGGCCCCCUGCCCUCUCCCUGCGUGAGAGCCGGUUCCUUCCAGGAGGGGCUAGCUGGCUCUCUUCCUCUCUCGGAUGGACACACUGGAAUACAUGAAGGAGGGAGAAGCACACAGAGGCUCCACCGAUGCAAAUUUGUUUUGGCCACGUGGGAGGUUGGUAAGGGGGACCUCGGGCCACAGGACACUUAGAAAAUACUCACUUUGUUAUUGAUUCUACCACAGCUUUCCACUUCUGAUGGGAGAAGCCAGGAGUGACGUCCUCCAGGUACCUGAGGAAGGCACACGCUGGCCAGGGCUGAGAGUGAGGCAGGGUAGCGGGGAGACCACUCAAGGGAAAACUUAAAAGCCAGCUGGGCCGUCAGGACAUUUUCAGCGCCCAAGUCCAUGUUCAGCUAUGGGUGAGGUUUCCUCACCCAGAUUUUGUUGUGAAACUCAUUGUGUUAGCCCUGCUAUAAGAUCGGGCUGGAGGAAGUGUGUCAUUUGUCAAGCCACUGGGCCCCAGAGGAAGGUGGUUUCUAGGAAGCUUUAUCCGUGUCCUAUUUUUUUUUUUUUCCACAUUUAAGAGUUGCAUUUGCAAUAGUCUUUUUCCCAUGGGCUCAGCUGCAGCCUUGUUCGGACAACAGAACAAAGGCCUGCGAACCUGCCUUUCUGGGUUGCAGCAAGAACUUACUAGAACAUUAUCCACAGUCUUAUAUCUUCAAAUGGUGCUACGGUGGGUCAGCAGCCUGCACACCACCCAGCCCCUGUCCCGGGUCUGGUGGGAGAGUCCGAGGACCUGGGCGUGCUCCUGAGAGUGAGAUGUCACCAUGAUGGGGUCUUCCUUCCUGCUGGGGCUGGGGCUGCUUCACAGGGACAAGCCUGACCCUCCCAGCAGGCAGGGGUGGUUUGGAAGUCUACAGAGCAGGUGCCCCACCUAAACUGGGGUAUGGUCAUGACCUUCAUGCCAACCAGGCCCAAUCUAAAGCAACGGUUUGCAUCACUCAGCUCUGCCCUGAUCAAACCAGCUUCCCAUGUGUGGAGUUACACACCAAGCCCUGUCCCCCAGAUGGCACCACAGUCUGAAUGCCUGACUGCUUGGGAUCCUCGCUUGUGGGGCGUGGCUGGGCCCUUCCCCCGAUAAUGUCCUCUCUACGCCCCCGCCCCCGUGGAAACCAACUUCUGCUUUGUCCUUUCAUAGCUCCUACCUGUGCUGAGCCAGGCAGUUAGUGGUUAACAGAUAUUAAUUUACACUCCUUUCCAGGUAAUAUGGUUCUUUGUUAUGCAAGGGGGCCUUGAAAACCUUUUGUUAUGUAAAAUUGCAAUUAUGUACAAAACUGGAGAGACCAGGAUAAUGAAUCCCACGUGUGCGUGAAUCACCAGCCUCAACGCUGAGCACUCGGCCAACCGCGCUUCAUCGGCUCUCGGGCCGCCUCCUGAGGAUCUUGCAGGAGAGCCUGGACGUCAUGUCGCUUCAUCUGUAAAAAUUUCAGCAUGUUUCUUGCAAAGGAAAGACCCUUAAAACAGGCAUAACCGCAAUACCAUCCCCAUCUGAAAGAAUUAACAGUAAUUCUUUAACACCUUCAAAUAUCGUCACUGUUGCAAUUUCUCCGAGUGGCCUCUGGGUUCUUUGGCUUGUUUGCCUGAGCUAGACGACUCGUGCCCUGUCAUUUAUGGACAGGUCUCUUCCGCUGCAGAAUUUCUCACGGUCUCUCUUUGCUGAGUGUCUCUCUGUGGCAUCUUUUUACCUGGACCUCUGUUCUAGCUCUCUCUUUUUUCUGCAUCGGCAGUUGUUCCUACAGGUGUAAUACAAUCCAAGCUCGGUUUGUUUUGGAGAGACCGUGUUACUGGUGGUGAUGGUACCUCAGCAGGAGAGCUGUGCGUGGUUACGGCAGAGGCUCGUCGCGUGCGGAGAGGCUGCACUUACUGUUCCGGUGCUAUGGUUUGGAUCUUGUUCACUGACUGGCUGAUGUACUUUAUAAAAAGAAACAUCCUCUCCUCGGUUAUUCGGCUGCUCUGAGAUUUGGGUUACACGACGGAGGCAGAGCAAGGGCAGUUCUUGACUCUUCCCCCUUCGCUUUCCAGCUCUCCAAACGAGCUUGUUCUCUGGCAUCUCCUCAGGAUGUCCAGUGAGAGCUGUUUUCUUCUCUGAGUACAUUAUGAGAUCAUGGUUGAUGCGCUUCAACCACUGUCUCCUCACUGUUGCUUAGAUUGUCCUGUUUUUGGCCCUUGGGAGCUGCUUCCAAUUGGCUGAUUCUGUUUGACACAGCCCUAGUAGUCCUUGGAAGUUUCCUGAUUAUCUUGAGUAACAAGGUGUUUCAGGCUCACCUUGUGUAUUUUCUGCGCCUGCCCUAAAUCAGCCAUCCCCUCCCUUCCCAGGGAACCCCCUGCCCCCUCUAGAGGGGAAUGGUCCUUAGAGAUCAGAGCUGGGUGCAAGGGCUACUCACUGCUCGCGGUGAGGGACUUUGCUUCUAGGCUGCAGUGGACAGAGCUAGGAAAGACAAGUAUGGACUUUCAGUAGUUCUUAAAUUUCCAUUUUUCAAACAUAAAACACCACCUGAGUUUAUGCUGGUACUUUCAGUUCAACUGAGGACCACAGUGGGUUUUUUGUGUUUGUUUUGUUUGUGUAUAAGUUCACUAGUCCUUUCUCUGCUCUCCUUCGUCUCAUUCUAAAAGCUGUUAAAAGCCACCACAGAGAUGCACUCCUUCUCACAUCACAGUACACACUUUUAAAAACUCUCAGAAUAACAGUGCCAGCAUACUACUGAGAGCAGGGUAAAAUGGUUCUCGUGCUUUCUGCCAAGGAGGGCGUACUGGGCACUUGCUGUUUGAAAGUCACUCGUACUAGAUCCUCUCUCUGUGGUUAUGCUCCAAACUAUAAUCAGGAUUCUUUCACUUCAUUUUGCUGAAAUUUUUAGAGAUGACUUUUUAAUUCUAAUUUUGGUUUAUGAUUCUGUAACUGUUUACAUGGUUCCAAAGUCAAAUCCAAAAACUACGAUGUGUUCAGAGAAGUCCAUCUUCUGACCCAUCUUCCACCCUAAUUCCUCCUUUUGCUGCAGAUAAUAACUUUUUUCCCUUUUACCCUUCCAUGUUAAAAAAAAAAUGUAAAGCAAAUGAGAAAUGGAAGCAUAGUACUCCACGCUCUUGUUGACUUUGAUUCUCUUUUUGCUUAACAAUGCAUUGGGUAUCACUCCAUAGAACCAUAUCGUAUAUUCUCUAUUAUCAAGUGCUCUGUUCUGAGAACAUACCAAUGUUUAUUCAGCCAGUCACUCCUGACUGACUGGGUUGUUUCCAGUCCUUUACUAUUAAAAAUAUUGCAGCAAUAUGCGUGUGUCUUUUU